GAUUUACUUUCUUUGUGUGGUGGAUGCAAAUUUUGUGGUAAUUAAAUUAUAGCUUGCAUAUUUUACAAUUCUAGAAAGGAAAAAUAGAGAAAAAUUGUUAAAAUAAAAAGCUCUUUUGAAUCCCAGGAAAUAUCAACUUAUUUAUUAACGCUUCGAAAAGUGCGCCACUGAAUCAGAAAAACUACUUUUUGAAUAUUGUUGUUGUUUUGACCGAAGCAACAACAAGAUGGGGUCGUUAUUCCGUAGUGAGGAGAUGACUUUGUGUCAACUCUUUUUGCAAAGUGAAGCGGCCUAUGCGUGCGUAUCAGAAUUAGGCGAGCUGGGUCUGGUACAAUUCAGAGACCUCAAUCCCGAUGUGAAUGUUUUUCAACGCAAAUUCGUCAAUGAAGUGCGUCGCUGCGAUGAGAUGGAACGUAAAUUGCGUUAUUUGGAGAAAGAAAUCAAAAAGGAUGGUAUACCGAUGUUGGAUACGGGCGAAAGCCCCGAAGCACCUCAACCCAGAGAAAUGAUUGAUUUGGAAGCCACUUUUGAAAAAUUGGAAAACGAAUUGCGCGAAGUUAACCAAAAUGCAGAGGCAUUGAAACGUAACUUCCUGGAAUUAACAGAAUUGAAACAUAUUUUGCGCAAAACACAAGUUUUCUUCGAUGAGACGGUGCCUACAGUUUCUUACAAUACCUCCUCCUCCACUACUACUUUUAAAUCACGCUGGCGCUAUGGACGGAGACAGAUGGCGGACAAUCAGAACGAGGAUGAGCAGGCGCAGCUGCUGGGGGAAGAGGCCGGUAUGCGCGCUAGUCAGCCUGGACAAAAUUUAAAGCUUGGCUUUGUUGCUGGCGUAAUUUUGCGCGAACGUUUGGCUGCCUUUGAGCGCAUGCUGUGGCGCGCUUGUCGCGGCAAUGUUUUUCUGCGUCAAGCCAUGAUUGAGUCACCGCUCGAAGAUCCAUCGAAUGGUGAUCAGGUGUACAAGUCGGUGUUUAUUAUUUUCUUCCAAGGUGAUCAGUUGAAGACACGCGUCAAGAAGAUAUGCGAAGGCUUUCGCGCCACAUUAUAUCCAUGUCCAGAGGCACCGGCCGAUCGCCGUGAAAUGGCCAUGGGUGUGAUGACGCGCAUCGAGGACUUGAAUACGGUGCUGGGGCAAACGCAAGAUCAUCGUCAUCGUGUUUUGGUCGCCGCCGCCAAGAAUCUGAAGAAUUGGUUUGUGAAAGUGCGCAAAAUCAAAGCCAUUUAUCACACGUUGAAUCUCUUUAAUUUGGAUGUGACACAAAAGUGUCUGAUCGCUGAAUGCUGGGUGCCGGUGCUGGACAUCGAGACCAUUCAAUUGGCAUUGCGUCGCGGCACCGAACGUUCUGGUUCGUCGGUGCCACCGAUUUUGAAUCGUAUGCAAACUUUUGAAAAUCCACCAACCUACAAUCGCACCAAUAAGUUCACCAAAGCUUUUCAAGCGCUAAUCGAUGCAUAUGGCGUGGCUGCGUAUCGCGAAAUGAAUCCCGCUCCCUAUACGAUUAUAACGUUUCCCUUCCUCUUUGCUGUGAUGUUUGGUGAUCUCGGACAUGGUACACUUAUGGCACUAUUCGGUUUAUGGAUGAUACGCAAGGAGAAGGGUUUGGCUGCACAGAAGACUACAAAUGAAAUUUGGAAUAUAUUUUUCGGUGGUCGUUACAUAAUAUUCCUAAUGGGCGUAUUCUCUAUGUAUACGGGCUUAAUUUAUAACGAUAUAUUCUCAAAGUCGCUAAAUGUAUUCGGUUCACAUUGGCAUGUCAACUAUAAUAGGACAACAGUGCUGAAUAAUAAACAUUUGCAAUUGAAUCCCAGCACUGCUGACUAUGAAGGCGAACCCUAUCCAUUUGGUAUGGAUCCCAUUUGGCAAGUGGCCACAGCCAAUAAGAUUAUAUUUCAAAAUUCAUACAAAAUGAAGAUAUCAAUUAUACUCGGUGUGAUUCACAUGAUUUUCGGCGUGUCUUUGAGUCUCCAUAAUCACACUUACUUCAAAAACCGAAAUGCUCUACUCUAUGAAUUCAUACCGCAGUUGGUCUUCUUGGUAAUGAUGUUCUUUUAUUUGGCACUUUUGAUGUUUAUCAAAUGGAAUAGAUAUGCUGCGACUAAUGCCCCCCCCUACUCUGCCGGUUGCGCUCCCUCGAUUUUGAUUACUUUCAUUGAUAUGGUUUUGGGUAAUACGCCGAAGACACCACUCGAAGGCUGCCAUUCAUAUAUGUACGCUGGCCAAUCAUUCUUCCAGAAUUUGUUCCGUUUCGUCGCUCUCUGUUGUAUACCUGUAAUGCUGCUCGGCAAGCCACUUAAGAUUAUUCAACAGCGUCGUCAAGCAAACCGUCAAAAUCUAACUGGCGCCACAAGCGAUGCGGAAGUGGGCAUGACUAACGGCACUGCUGGCGGUGUUGCUGGGCACGGUGGCGGCGGCGAUCCGCACGAGGAGGAGGAACUUUCCGAAAUCGCCAUACAUCAAGGCAUACACACUAUCGAAUUCGUUUUGGGCUCCGUAUCGCAUACAGCAUCGUAUUUACGUUUAUGGGCACUGUCUUUGGCACACGCACAAUUGGCUGAGGUUUUGUGGAAUAUGGUUCUGUCGAUUGGCUUGAAGCAGGAGGGUUGGACCGGCGGUAUUAUGCUGACCAUUGUUUUCGCCUUCUGGGCCAUACUCACUGUGGGCAUUUUGGUGUUGAUGGAGGGCUUGUCAGCAUUCUUGCAUACUCUACGUCUCCAUUGGGUUGAAUUUCAAAGCAAGUUUUACAAAGGUACCGGUUACGCUUUUCAACCGUUCUCUUUCGAUCAAAUUAUUGAGAAUGGCGGCGCCGCUGCAGUCGAAGGUGCCGAGUAAAUCAAUGAAUGUCGUCCCUUUGAUUGAAAUAUAUUGCAAUUUAAAACGACAGUGGUUGCUCUUCAAGCACAGCACAUUAACAUUGAAGAAUUUAUGCACACAUACAUUUAUAAUAAAGUAAUUAAUUAAAUAUGUAUUAAGCAGUUAUGGAAUUUAAUAAUGUAACAUUCACAUAAAGCUAAUCUAAUUGAACUUAGUGGAAUUAUAUAUACACAUACAUACAUACUAUAAUCACAUAUAUAUAUUACAUGUUUAUUACAAACAACAAGGCUUCUGGAAUGCUUUGUAAGGCGAUGUGAGGAAACGUUCGGGAAUGCUUGUGAAAACUUAUGCUCGCCGUUCGACUUGCAAAUGAGAUUAUCCAAUAUAGUACUACAUAUACAUAUACAUAUACAUAUAUACAGUUUUAUGUUUCAUGUAAAAUUUUAAUGUUACGAGAAUUCUUUGCAUAAAAUAACGCUUUUAGCAUUCAUCGACAAACAUAAAAAAUGUAUGUAUACAAAAAUAUAUGAAUUCAAUUAUAUAUGUAGUUAUCAGCAACUAAUAAUACGCAUUUCUAUGUAUUUUUUUUAUAAUAAAAUAUGUUUAUUUUCCUCAGUCUAUUUUCCACAGUUUAUUUAUGAAAUUUUUAGAAAACUACUUGAUAUUGCAUUAAAAACUUUACGUUCCUAAUAAUUAAUAUUAUAAAGCUUUGUAAGUUGAGUUAUAAAAGCACACAUAAAUAUUUUGUGGCACUCCAUAUCUCCUUUAAUAAACAAAGCCGCAUUGUGCAAUUAAUGCUGAAUCUAUGCAAUUUACAAAAAGUAUACAAUUUUCGGUUAUUCUAUUAAUAUCGUGACUUGAAUAACUUACAAUUAUCUGAAUAUAACCAAAUAAAAUGUAGAAAAUGUUGUUGUUCAGAAAAUAUGCAAAUAAAAAACAGCCCACAAGGCGAAAAACAA